AUGGGCGAAGAAGAGGGUUGCCCCAUCUGGAUCGCCUUGGCCUACGUGGGCGUGGUUUAUUCUUUGGUCGUGUUGUCCAUAACUUUCAUCGCUUCGUAUUAUGUGGCUGUAAAUUGUGGGAAACAUCCGUUGGCAGUCAAAUGGUGGACCAAAUCAUACAAGAAAAUAUUUCAGGAAAUGAGGUAAGAGGGCUGAUACUUAAGGAUAAUAUAAGCUGAAAAGCUAUAAAACAUUACCCGCUAUUAACCUGAAAAGUUCGAAAUUGACCUUUAAAUUAUAUCCCACCUAACCUUCCGUUAUAAGACAGCAGUAGGCACUAGUUGUAUCAAGUGUAAUAUAAUGAUGCACCGAUCGAGCUAAAUUAGUCUCCCUAUGGCUUCAGAACGCUCAAUAGCUAUAAGAGUCCCACAGCCAACUCCCCAACGGCGCACACUGAGCAAGAGCCUGCCAUGAAGAAACUUGAUACAUCAAUCCAAAAAGAGUAAUUGUUCCAUUAUCCGUCUAACGCUGAUUUUCAGAAUCCCAAGUAACAACAAAGUUCGCCAGAAAGCAAGCGGCCCGGAGAAAAAGCCCUCAAAAGUAAAGAAUCAAUAA